UUUCAGCGUUCCCGCCUGAGCAGCUGCCAUUGCGUGGCAUCUCGCGGAGUUGAGAGUCUCGUUUGAGUGUGUUUUCUUCGGUGAUCAGAAAAAUCUCUUCGCCAGCUUAAAGCAGCAGAGGUUUCUCCAGGCGCAAUAUUAGGUGUAAAAGAGUGAUUUUCGCAACACUGUGAUUCCCUGACAUUCGCAAAGAUAUUUCGCUGUGUCUCUAUGUUUCGCCUUCCCGAUUUUGUGUGCACAAGAAUUGAACAGCGCGCGCGAUUGACACAAGCAACGCCUUUCUGGAGUUUUUAUCUCAGGCUGAGUUUUUCGUCGUGAAGAAUUACAGCAAAUAUUUGAUUUUCACGGCAUCGCGCAUCUUCCAUGUGUUCAAUAUAAAGUGACUGUGGUUGUCAAAUGAUCAGCAAUUUCUGGAGGAGUGUGUGAUUCGUGUGACUCCUCGAGUGGUAACGGUGAAAUAUCUCGAGGCGGCCCAAGAUAUCUACAUCAAUUAAUGCAUUGUUCAGUGGGCGAGGAGUCGCGCCAAGUGCAGUAAUUGUUCCAGAAAUGAACGUGUAAAUGACACAAAAACCACUGAGAGAAUGUUGGUCGUACACUGGUCUAUAUUCACAUUGACUCUGCAAUUGACUUACAGUGCGUCCAUUCAUUCACAUGUUGACUCAGCGCCAACGGCAGCAGAGUCAAUCUGCAGCGAGUUGCCGGAGACUUCCCUGCAGGAGGAUGGGGUGGAGUCCAGUCUCACGCUGGAGCUGAAGCCGCACAUGAUUCGGGGGUCGUGCAAGAGGAUCUUCCUGGCGCCGGAAUCUCAUGGGUUCUUUGUGCGCCUCCAUCGGCCCGCCACGGGCAAGAAGUUCACCUUCACCAACAAGAAUCUGAGUAGUGGCCUGAAGAUGCGCACGACCAAUUCCACGACAGAGUCGUGCCCAUUGACAAUUUUUUUCUCCAACGACGCACGAAUCCCUCCUUGGCGCAUUGAUCCGUGCCAACUGGAGGCGAAUGGAGGCGUCGAUGAGCCCGUUCGCCUGCUCCAGGGACGCCUGAGGAUUGUGUGGCAGCAUGGCGGGAACAUGCCGAAUUACCGCCUCCUCCUGACUGCCUUCGGGAAGGGCGAGCUGUGCAAGCAAGAGCGCAAGCAUCCGUGCCUUCGCGUCGGCCACGAGACGCUCUUCUGCAUCAGCGAGGAUCUCAUCUGUGACGGCGUGCAGCACUGCCCGUCAGGCAACGAGUACGACAGUGACGAGAGCGCUGAGCUCUGCUCGGGCAGUCAGAAGUCGCCGUUGGUGCCCAAGAUGCAGCUGUGGGAGCACUUCUCGAUGCAGAUGUUCCGAGAGCUCUUCUCACCCGAUCUGACGUCCACGUCGACAACUGUGCUGCCGCCGCUGGUGACGUCCGAGCCCACAUUGGCGCCCACGAGCACCAGGAAGAGCCUCACGAGAGGCCUGUCGAGAUACGGACCGUGGGGAUACCUGAUGCUGGGAAUGCUGCUCUGCGGCGGAGCUCUGCUCAUCUGUGGUCUUUGGGAGUGCUGCUGCCGUCAGACAAAACCCACGACGCCGGGAAGUGGCAGCGGAGAUGGGCACACUGGGGAGUCCUUCGCAGACAGUCCCGCCUCGGGAUCCACGCAGUCGGACUUGACGCCGCCGAACUACGACGAGAUUGAACCACCACCAUCGUAUUCCACCCUCUUUCCCGGCUUCAAAGGCACCAACAGCGAAGUGACGUCCACAACUGAUAGCAAUAGUCCUGUCGCCGCCCCAACGCCAGUCUGAACAGCUCCGUGUCGUUCAAAUGGAGCGCCAAGUCAAACGUAAUGAGUGACGAAAUUAACGCAAUUCAACUAAUUACUCUUUUUUACUACGCAAGCAACACUAAAAUUAAACUAACUAAAAAUAAAUGUGAUAUAGAUGAUAAUUUGUAAUAAGCAAGAGUAAGUUUUUCCUUGUUGAAGAAUUAACUAUAUAUUAAGCUUUAUUGUUAUGACAAGAGAUGUGCGAAACAAUAAAUGAAGGAAGCUUUAAGAUUA